AUGAAUAUCAGAUGUGCAACACCUGAUGACCUGAUGAACAUGCAGCACUGUAACCUUUUGUGUUUGCCAGAAAAUUAUCAGAUGAAAUACUACUUCUACCAUGGCCUGUCCUGGCCACAGUUGUCCUACAUUGCUGAAGAUGAACGUGGAAAAAUUGGCAGAGAGGACAGGGUGGAGGACCCUGAAGAUUCAGUGCCACAUGGUCACAUUACAUCGUUGGCGGUGAAGAGAUCCCACAGACGACUAGGCCUGGCCCAGAAACUCAUGGACCAGGCUUCCCGUGCUAUGGUGGAAAACUUUAAUGCCCAUUAUGUUUCUCUUCACGUGAGAAAAAGCAACAGAGCUGCCUUACAUCUCUACACGGAGACACUUCAGUUCUCGGAAACUCGCCCGGGUUAUUACAAAAAUAAACAGAGAAAGGGAACUUGCCUGGGGUUUUACAAAAAUAAACAGAGAAGGGAAAUUCGCCAGGG